AUGGCGGAGCUGCUGGCGUCCCCCGGUCGGCAGCGCGACGGGCAUUUCAGCCUGCGCAGCCGGAUACAGGAGCUGUGGCAGCAGCGGGAGGAGGAGGAGGAGAAGAAACGCCGGGAGAAUGCGGAAGGCGGAGCUAAAGACGCGGCGGGGAAGACGGCGGCGGGAGAGAGCGGCGACGCGGAGCAGGCGGCGCUGAACUGGGCGUUUGAGAAGCUUCCCGUGUCGCUCUUCCCUCCCGUGGCUUCCGGACAAGUGAUCGAGGUGGCGUCGGACGCGAGCGUGGCGGACGCGAUUCACCUGCUGUCGCGGCACGGCAUCCUCUCCGCGCCCGUGCGCAACGUCGACGCGCCCGCCGACAGCAGCUGGAUCGACCGCUACCUCGGCCUGCUCGACUUCGCCGGCAUCGUGCUCUGGGUGCUGGGCCGCGCAUCGCAGAUGAAAGCCCGAGAAAGAGCAGAGAAGGGGGAGGGCAGGGGAGACGACGCAGGCGGGGGCACAGCAGAAGAAACGGAAGGGGGGGCAAAGGGGGCGGCAGUGACGGCGGAGGCAGUGGCGGUGGCAGCAGCAGUGGGCAGCGGCAUUGGCGAGCGGGGCCUUCCCCCUGCCGGCAGCUUGGGCGGAGACUUUUUCUCGCUGCUGCUGAAAGCAGACGAGUUUCAGAACACCAAGGUCUCAGACGUGGCCGGAUCCUUCCGGUGGGCGCCAUUCCUCCCAGUAACCCCCGACGACUCGCUCCUAACGCUCCUCCUCCUGGUCUCCAAGUACCGCGUGCGGUCGGUGCCAGUGGUGGAGGCGGGGCAGCCGGCGGUGCUGAACCUGGUGACGCAGAGCAGCGUGGUGGAGGUGCUCGCUGACUGCCACGGGCUGCCCUGGUUCGACCGCCUUGCAGACCGGCCCAUUUGCGACCUCGGCCUGCCUACUUUGCCUGGGGAUAAAGUCGUUGUGGUGGAGGACGAUGCACCGGUGCUGGAGCCGUUUCGGCGCAUGCUGGCAGCGGGGGUGGGGGGCGUGCCGGUGGUGGCGAAGGGCACGCGGCAGGUGGUGGGCAGCAUCAGCGUGCGCGACAUCCAGCUGCUGCUCGUCGCUCCCCAGCUCUUCCACGACUGCAGGUCGCUGACAGUGGCACAGUUUCUGGAGAUAGCCAAGGGGCGCGGAUCCUCAACCGGCCUCAUCUCCCCGGCAGCCAUCCCGCCCACGCGCUGCCGAGCCAACACGCCCCUGCGCCGCGUGAUGCACGCGCUGCAGGCAGCGCGCGUGCACCGCGUGUACGUUACAGACGAGGUGGGCGAGCUGCAGGGCGUGGUGACGCUGAGGGACAUCAUUGGGAAGUUUGUGGUGGAGCCUCCAGACUACUUUGGGGAUUUCUUCGGCGGGGUGGUGCCUGAUGUGCAUCCCACGGCGUCCGCUCCCAUGUGGCUGCAUGCGGACUGGGAUAUUGGGGGCGGGUGGUAA